ACAGUGUAGUGGGUAAUGAAUGUGCGCGAGGACAGAUUUAACUGCAGAGUGGGCAUUAGUGAACUUUUUAUUUGUCUAAAGUCGGCUUAUGGGAUACAUUGACACUGCUGGGAGCUUCUGUUGAUGUCGAGCGACAGUUUGCCGUGCUGUCGUAGAGUAGCGGGCAGUUAGCAGGAAUGCUAACAUGAUGCUAAACCCAGCCGCCGGGUUACCAGAGGACCGUAAAUCCGCGUACACUCAGUCCCAGGGCAGCGGCUACCGAGGCGGCGACAAAACCAGCCCCAUCAGCGUGAUCCUGGUCAGCUCUGGCAGCAGAGGGAACAAACUACUGUUUCGGUAUCCUUUCCAGAGAGUCGCUGACCGGCCGUCGUCUCUCUCAGCAAAACAACGAAGUCCGUAUGCACUGAACACAGCCGGGGACGGUCUUGACGACCAAGAUGGCGAUUCAAGGUUCUCAGACAUCAUCCUCGCCACCAUCCUGGCCACCAAGUCCGACAUGUGCGGGAAGAAAUUCGAGUUGAAGAUCGACAACGUUCGCUUUGUGGGCCACCCGACGCUCCUUCAGCAUCCCCCCAUCAUUCAGGUUUCAAAAACAGAUCCUUCACCGAAGAGAGAAGUGCCGACAAUGAUCCUCUUCAAUGUGGUGUUUGCACUGCGGGCAAACGCGGAUCCUUCCGUCAUCAGCUGCAUGCACAACCUGUCGCGCCGCAUCGCCAUCGCCCUGCAGCACGAGGAGCGCCGCUGCCAGUACCUGACCGGAGAGGCCAAAGUCAUGCUGGCGGUCCAGGAGGAGAUCACCACCAUGACUGAGAAUGGAAGCCCGCAGUCCCCGUUCAGACAAAUCCUUCAGGGGUGUAAACUGGCUCGAGACCUGAAGGAGGCUUACGACUGCCUUUGCACAACUGGAGUGGUGCGACUACAUAUCAACAGCUGGCUGGAGGUCAGCUUCUGUUUACCACACAAGAUCCACCGGAUUGGUGGAAACUAUAUUCCCCCCGAGGCGUUGGAGCGCAGCCUCAAAGCCAUACGACCAUAUCACGCCCUGCUGCUGCUGGAGAGCGAGAAGGCGCUGCUCAGCCAGCUCCCUCUGGACUGCUCCCCCGCCAUGGUGCGCCUCAUCAAGACCUGCUCGGCGGUGAAGAACCUGCAGCAGCUCGCUCAGGACGCCGAUCUGGCCUUGCUUCAGAUCUUUCAGAUUGCGGCUCACUUGGUUUACUGGGGCAAGGCGAUCAUCAUCUACCCUCUGUGUGAGAACAACGUCUACAUGCUCUCCCCUCACGCCAACAUCUCGCUAUACUCCCCGGCAGCAAAGCAGUUUGCUCAGCAGUUCCCGGGUCACGAUCUGCCCUCCAUGUUAGCCAAGUUCUCACUGCCUGUCUCGCUGGCGGAGUUCAGGAACCCUCUGGAAGCUCCGGCGCAGGAGGCCCAGCUGAUCCAGAUGGUGGUGUGGAUGCUCCAGCACCGCCUGCUGAUCCAGCUGCACACGUACGUCUGCCUGCUGGUGCCGCCCAGCGAGGACGAGCCGGGGCUGAGGGACGACGACCCCCCGCUGGCCGCCCGGGUGGGCGGCCGCAGCCUCAGCACCCCCAGCGCUCUCAGCUUCGGCUCACCCACCAGCAGCGACGACAUGACCUUAACUAGUCCCAGCAUGGAUAACUCCAGCGCCGAGCUGCUGCCCGGCGGAGACUCGCCGCUCAACAGGAGAAUGACGGAGACGCUGCUCGCCAGCCUGUCGGAGCACGAGAGGCAGGUUAUUCUCAACAUCCCCGCCGCACAGAAUCCAGAGGACCUGCGGAUGUUCGCCAGGCUGCUGCACUAUUUCCGGGGACAUCACCACCUGGAAGAGAUCAUGUACAACGAGAACAUGAGGCGCUCGCAGCUCAAGACGCUGUUCGACAAGUUCCGCAGCGUCCUGGUGGUGACCAACCACGAAGAUCCCAUCAUUUCAAUCUUUCAGUCUCCCAUGGAGUAGCGGAGACGGCGUCAGAACUCACUAACUGGAGAGAAUGUGUCAGCGUGGGCGACCUGCAGCGAGCUGCCAGCCUCUGCUCAGACACCGACUGAUGUGAUUCUAAAAUGUUUGUUUACAGGUAUUAAAUUAUUUGGUUCAUA